GAGCGUUUUGAUGGAGAGGACUUGAAGGCAUGCGUGAAACGGGGAUACGAGGCAUCACGCAAAGCUAAAGGGCUUGCAAAAGAUGCGACUCCAAUCGAGCAAGCGCUGAUCGAAGCCAUCCAAUGGCGAUUUCAGAGGUCAUCUCCAGCCAAUACUACGGAGCAGUCGGCGCUGAAUCAUGGAUAUGCGACGGCGAUGAGAUCUAUCUACCGAGCGUUUAGCGAUGACCUGGAUGUUGCUGUCAUCUACGCGGAUGCGUUGAUGAAUCAGACUCCCUGGGCGCUCUGGGAUUUGUUUACCGGCGAACCAAAUCCAAAAGCCGCAACGAUGGACGUCAAGAAGGUGCUCGAACGCGCUCUGACUCAAGAAGGGUCUGAUAAGCAUCCAGGACUGCUGCACAUCUAUAUCCACUAUAUUGAAAUGUCGCCUAAUCCGGAAUUGGGCGUCAAUGUUGCUGACCAGCUGCGUGACUUGAUGCCAGAUGCAGGCCACAUCCACCACAUGCCCACUCACCUCGACGUUCUGAUCGGUGAUUGGCGACGUUCAAUUACUUCCAAUUACAAGGCUACUCUAGCUGAUGACAAGUAUGUGCGCCGCGCAGGCCCAUACAACUUUUACACAUUCUAUCGACUUCAUGACUAUCAUUCCCUCAUCCAUGCUGCUAUGUUUGCGGGGAAGCUCAAAACAGCAAUGGAUGCCGUCGCUCGGAUGGAAGCUUUAGUCCCCGAAAACGUGUUACGGAUUCAAUCCCCACCCAUGGCUGAUUGGCUGGAGAACUUUAUGUCAAUUCGCCUACAUGUCAUGGUGCGCUUUGGAAUGUGGAAGGAGCUGAAACAGAUGGGAUUACCAAGUGAUUCUGAACUUUACAAAGUCACAACGGCAACUGCUCAUUACGCCAAGGGAAUUGCCUGCGCAGCUACUGGGGAUAUGAAUGGAGCCCUAAGGCAACGAGAGCUCUUCCAGCAGACCUAUGCACUCGUCCCAGAGACCCGCCUUGCCUCCAAUGGCAAGUGUCGGCAGACCCUGGCAGUGGCCGCGGCCAUGCUGAAUGGAGAAAUCGAGUAUCGCCGUCAAAACUAUGCCGAUGCCUUUGAAUAUCUGCGAAUAUCCAUCGGCCUUGACGACAAGCUCCCAUAUAGCGAACCACGGUCGUGGAUGCAACCAACUCGACAUACCUACGCAGCGCUUCUCCUGGAACAGGGCCAUCUCGAGGAAGCGGCCAACGUAUACCGCGCAGAUCUUGGACUUGAUGAUACACUAAUCCGCCCCCGCCGCCAUCCAAACAAUGUUUGGUCGCUGCAAGGGUAUUAUGAGUGCUUGACACGGUUAGGAAGAUGGGAGCAAGCGGCUGUUGUCGAGCCUGCAGUAAAGCUCGCGCUUGCUGUAGCAGAUAUUCCCAUCAAAGCUUCAUGUUUCUGCCGCCUGGGUACGUCUUAAGGGCCUCGC